UGGUGAAGUAUACGGCUGCCAGUCAGUUCUCUAGGCAGCUGAGUUGAUUAUGAGAGGUGUGCCAUCCUCUAAUGAGCUUCUUAAGGGACAGAAUGAUGAGAGACAGCAGGAACAGCACUGGUCAUGGCAGAUGGGCUCAAAGAGAAGAGCUCUGAUUUCUAAAACUGAAGGCAUUUCCAGUGACACUGCUCAGAGUGAGACUCUCAGCAUGGUGAGGAAUGCGUGACAGGCUUGAGUGACCGGAGUGGACCAUUAUGGACGGUAAGACUCCUGGUGAAUGGCUAAAGGAGAACGAGCCUUUCACACAGAGCACUGCCAGGGAACCCGCCAGUGCACCUCCUCACCAACCCCAAAACCUAACGUGUAAACCAAGACUGAGGUCACAAUCCAUUCCAGUUUUGUGCUAAAACAUUCAAGGAGUAAUGGUGAGAGACGGCCAACAAUGAUCUUUGGGGAAGAAAACAGCGUAGGCAAGAAAACAGGAGUAGUAGAUCCAAUAACCGAUUGCACAAGCGCCUCCACAGGCCAAAUCAUGAGCCGUUACUUCCAUAUUGAUUCUCCUGCAAGCCUGCAGUCUUAAUUGGGCAGGCACUAGACUCCUCACACUUACUCAACUGAUGUUUUCACACAGUUAAGCAUGAUCAGCCUGAUGGAGUCUGUCCAUAGGGGACGCACGUCUCGCUAUUUAAAACAAAAAGAAUGAAUGAACAGGUAGCUAAAUAGAUGGAUACACUUUUAAUAAAUCAUUUCUUUCUAAGAGAUUUCUAUUGGGAAAUACCUUAAGAGUUAAGGAAUGGACAAAAACUUAGUUACAAAGCAUAAUCAAGUAUAUUUCUAUGCAGUUAAAUGUUCCUUGUGUUGGUGAACAUCAGCUCAAUAGUUCAGCCUGUAGCCCCGCUGUAGCAGAGUGCACUCAGGUGUCUGUUACAUUUCAUGCUAUAUCAGUUAUAAUCUGCAAAGCCGACGUGAGUUGCGAUUACCGUGGUUUGAGAUUUUUGAUGACUUUGUAUACUGAAUGUCAUUGGAAAGGCAUCAUCUCUCUUUUGUCCUACAAGAUCUGUAUCUGGCCAUAAAAAGCACCUGCUCUCAAGAUCCCAAGAUUUUUUUUUUUAAAAAUAUAUAUAUAUAUAUAUAUAUUUUUUUAUAAACAAACAGCAAUUUUUAAAAUGGUGUAGCAGGUAUUCAAGUACCUGUGCACAUCCGUACUUCCUACAGAGCACAAUAUGAGGAGGAUUCGCUGAAUGAAGAAUGUCUAGAGCCGCACUAGCACACCGGAUCGUUUAAUAUCGAGUCAAAGUAAGGGAAAUAAAAAACAUGGUAGACAUGCAGCAAAGCCUAUUUGUUCACAGUCUCCAGUGAAAGUGCAGCUGCGCUUUCAUAAUCUGCCUAUUUUAGUCCAUGAUGCGGCAACAAAAUGGAUCAUGGAAACAGAAGAGCCUCCGCUGGCCAUCGCGUUAAGGCGCAUAUGCUGCAGACCAUUUUGUGCUUUCAUGAUCUCUCGCUCUCUCGUGCACACAUUGAAUAAAAAGGGAUGAAAAGCAAAAGGAGUGGGGGAUUAAAAAACAAAACCAAAAAAAAAAAAAGAUGACAAGGCUUUGUCAAGCACCAAAACUAGGUUGUAGCUAAAAGGACUGCAUUCUUCCAAAGUCUAAACGGUGACCUGAAUGUUCCACUUCAGUGAACUCACAAAUAAAAAACAGAAGAAGGAGUAUAAAAGGCCGAAGGGAAAGCCGCAUGCAGCUCUCAGGAUUAGUCAGUUAGUCAGAAUGGUCUAUUAAGUCCAGCGUUCGAAGUCUGGUCAGCCGCACUGCCAUCACCGUGGUAACGUGAGGUACAGGAUGGCUUUAUCAAAGCGGAGAGAGAAAUAAAGAAUGAGUGAAUGGGUAAAGGCCACCUAAUUGCAAGUAUAUCUCUCAGAUUACCAGCUGCCUCGCCACAUUAAAUACAUGGGGUUAGCAUCACCAGAGUACAAACAUCAAUUUGCAUCGACUGUAAUAUAUUUUAUGAUUUAAAUAUUAUAAAAAAAAAAAAGACAAGGUGCAUCUCGAUACAGUGAAUGGAGAAAGAGAGCAGAAAGUAAAAAAAACAGGUAAAAAGGAAAUGCGUUGAACAGCAUGACUACACGAGUAUGGUUGACUCAACGAGGAAAAGAUGCAUUGGGAGAUUUAUAGUGUUCAUUUCAGCUAAGAAUUUCCACAAAACCAGCUUGUGUGAUCGAUAUUCUGGCAGCCCCAGAGAGAGGUGGAAGAAGAAAAACUGCGAAGGAAAAGAAAGAAUCAAAUACACAAGCGCUACAUGCAUGUGCAAGGAAGAGAGAGUGGAAGACGGAAACAAGCGAGCGAGAGCAAGUGUGUGAGCGAGCGAGCGAGGGUGAGAGAGAGCGCGAGCAGGGGAGAGAGAGAGAAACAGCAGUGAUGAUCGAUGCCAGUCUGCCACCACUCUGUAGCAGUGAGAGGCUGCAACAAAAGCGCGGAAUAAAGGCUCCGCUGCUCUCGUCUCCGGUUGCCCUGCAUCUCUCCGUCUCUCCGUACACAACGCAGCCCAGACACAAUGUGCUGGCUCUGCCUGCCAUCAACAAGUUACAACUAAAGGACCCUCAGCCACAAAAAAAGGAGUAUUUGCUCUUCAAUUAAGCAACUGAGCUGACGACAUUGCGGUGGAAAGGGAAAGGGGAGGAAAAAAAGAGGGGGGGGGCGACACACUGUUCGCGAGGGUCGCUUUGGAUACAAAUCAAUUUGAAAAAGAUUAAGGAUUCCUGGAAGCAACAAGAAUGCUGGACCUUUCUUAAUUUGGGAACUGGAUUUUUAAAAAACCUACAAGGGAAUUAAGAACAAAAAAAAAUAAAUGGACAAAAUUCUGCAACAUGGAUCUUGUGAAUUUGUUUCAGAUGAGCGGGCUUGGCAUUGCUUUAGUUGAGAAGACCUUCAUUCGAUUCGUAUUUACUCAAAAGGCUUUUUUCCCUGUGGAUUUCCCAUCCAUCUGGCUGUUCCAGGGAUCUACGGAGAAAGACAGUUGAAUGCCACCGUCGAUGUUCACAAAAGAAUGGGUUUCCAUUCAAGGUGGCCAUUGGUGGGACAAGCACCAGCGGCACUUUGUGUGAUCAGCAUGCUACUGUGCCUGCCUCUCACAUCAUGCACAGCCUGCCCACAGAAAUGCCGCUGCGAGGACCUGCAGUUUUACUGCGACACACAGGGACUCCUGGCGCCCCCAGACGGCGUGGACAGAGGAGCCUUGGGACUCUCGCUCCGGCACAACAGCAUCAACGAGCUUAACCCUGAUCAGUUCUUCGGCUUCACCCAGCUAACCUGGCUCCAUUUGGACCAUAACCAAAUACUCAACGUGCAUGAAGAUGCCUUCCAGGGGCUUUACAAGCUCAAGGACCUGAAUCUGAGCUCCAACCGCAUCACCAAGCUGCCCAACACAACCUUCAUCCACCUCAUCAACCUCCAAAUCCUGGAUCUAUCCUUCAACCAGAUGACUGCACUGGAGCCUGAGCUCUUUCACGGGCUUCGGAAGCUCCAGAUCCUCCACCUGCGGUCCAACUUCCUGCGGACCACACCUGUCAGGGCCUUCUGGGACUGUCGGAGCCUGGAGUACCUUGGCUUAAGCAACAACCGGCUUCGGAGCCUGGCGCGGAAUGGAUUCGCUGGGCUAAUAAAGCUACGGGAGCUCCAUUUGGAACACAACCACUUGACCAAGAUCAAUCUGGCCCACUUCCCACGUCUUGUCGCACUCCAGUUCCUCUAUCUGCAGUGGAACAAGAUUAACAAUUUAACAUGUACCAUGGAGUGGGAGUGGACCACUCUGGAAAAACUGGAUCUAACUGGGAAUGAGAUACGCACGCUAACCCCUGAAGUGUUUGAAACUUUACCGAACCUUAAGGUUCUGCUGCUGGAUAACAACAAGUUGACCAGCCUUGAUACCCAAACCACGGAUAUGUGGAAGUCUCUGAACGCCAUCGGGUUGUCCAACAACCUUUGGGAAUGUACAAAAAAGAUCUGCAAUUUGGCCAGUUGGCUUAGUAAGUUUAAGGGUCGAUGGGAACACUCCAUCCUAUGCCACAGCCCUGAGUACACACAGGGUGAGGAAAUACUAGAUGCUGUUCAUGGAUUCCAACUCUGUCAAAACAUCUCAGCACCUGUUGUACUGACCAGCACCACGAUGGAGGCCACGUUACCCCAACAGUUCACUAGCUCCUUUUUUGGGAAUAUGCAGACACCAACACAGGACUUCUACCCUGAGGAUUUUGGGAGCUUUACCAUUGUCACCACUACUACUACCACCACUCAAACCCCUCAAACCACCAUGGCUACCACCAUGGUGGAUGGGGAAGAUGUUACCGAGGACUACGGCAUGAUGGACAACACCCUACUGACCCAGAGAGUCAUUAUAGGUACCAUGGCCCUUUUGUUUUCUUUCUUUCUCAUCGUUUUUGUAGUGUACAUCUCACGAAAGUGCUGCCCUCCCACUCUGCGACGGAUCCGCCACUGCUCGGCCAUUCAGAACCGGCGACAGAUGAGGACCCAGCAGAGGCAGCCAAUGGCAGACCUGGCCACACAGGUGCCCUAUAACGAGUAUGAGCCGACACACGAAGAAGGUGCACUAGUGAUCAUUAACGGCUACGGGCAGUGCAAGUGUCAGCAACUGCCUUACAAAGAGUGUGAAGUAUAAACACUUUAUUUAUUUCUGCAGUUUAUGGGUUUUGCCAUUUCAACCAUUUCGAAAGAUACAGGGUUUGUUUUGGGAACUUUUUCAGCUUGUAAACAAAAGGAAAUAAUGAGCAUUAAUUCUUUAUACUGGUUUUGGAAAUCAAUGAAAACUGGAAGGUCACAAGGACGAAAUUGAAACAAGAUGUAUAAAGAAGCUCAAGUUUAUUUUUAUAGUAUGAAAGCAAGGUUCAUAUCAAGCUGGGGCAAUCAAUCUCAGAUGGUCGUUCAUGAGAUUUGUCAAUGCGUUAUUAGUCACUUAUCCAGCAGCACAGAAAAGACAAGAGAGAAACAUAAAGCCAAAAUCAUCUGGAACUUUGAGGUCCAGAAAAAAAAACUAUGUAUGAAACUGCAUUCUUAUUCUGUUAAAUGUUUCAAUUUUAUAAUGUGGUAAGAAGUGCUGUUGCAUAUGAUGCACAGAAACACAAAUCUGACAAAAGAGAGAGAGAGAGAGAGAAAAGAGAUUUUUAUGGUGCACGAUAGACUACACUAUAGAUCUCACUUAUCACCUUAAAAAGAAAAAAAAAGAAAAAAAAAAAAAAAAGAAGGUAAAAAUGAGUGGUUUAUGGUUGGGUUCAAAGAGCAUUUUUACUCAUGUUUUUUUUUUUUUUUUUUUUUUUUUAUUAUGGAGGAAGAGCACUGUAAAAUUGUACCACGUCACAUUUAGCUCAUGAGUCUAACGAGGGAAUUCAACAAAUCAAACGGUUACUUCGUCAAAAUAAAUAUGUCAUGUUUAUUUCUGUUUGAUCUAGCCAAGAUUUCAUUUCAUCUAACGAGAACAGUUGAUGACCUUCUGUUUUAGUUUGUUUUUUUUUUUCCCUCAACAAGUUACACCCCCAUCUCCAAAAUGUGAAAAGCUUAGCACUGUGUGUUAAAAGGCUAAUGUCCAAUGCGUUACCUUUGCUAACUGUCUGGCUCGCUCCGUCUACUGUGACGUCAGCAGGGAUUAAAUAAAUGUUACACGUUUGCUCACCUUGCCAUUAUGUAUAUGCACAUUCUUAACAAGUUAAAACAAAAAAGAUUAAAAAAAAAAAAAAAAAGAAGAUGGCUCGGAUAUAAAUACUCCAGCCUGUCAAUGACAUUCACUGUGACUGUUCACUGCUGCUUUACCCAUUGCAUACUGCGUAAAUGACUGUAGAGAUGAUUCACAAUACGGUAGAGGAAAAUAAAUCCUCCAGCAAAUGAAAAGGAAAGAAGGAGAAAAGAUGCAAGAGAACUGGUAGGGAAAUACACAAAAAUAACCACAAAAAAAAAAAAAUCUGACAAAAAUAUAUUCCCCCAGGCCUGGUAACAGCGUUCCUCAAAAAAAAAAGAGAAAAAAGAAAAAAAGAAAGCAGAGCCCAUAAUCACAUGUGACAGCUUGAAGAUUGAACCAAUUAAGGACGAGGAAAAAAAUAAUCUAAUAUUCUGUCACCCACACCACUGCUCCAACAAGAUUUAGACUGCUUGGGCAUUCGGCUGAGGCACUCGCACAUACCAGUGUCCUCCACUUUCACAUAAAGGGUUUUCUUUUCUAGGUUUUCUCUUUUUCUAUUGUUUUUUUUUUUAUUGCUUUGAUUGACAACUCCUGAUGCUGGUUUUCAGAGAGGCAGGGGCGAGGAGGUUCUUUAUCUGACAAUCUUGAGGAUAUUACUGACAAGGUGUGGCAGGGAGGCAGUGAUGAAUGACAGAAGGAGAGAAGUGAAAAG